CAUAAUAUAUAUUAAAGUUGCGGUACCGUGGAUGUAGAACUUCCGGCGGAACAGCAUUGUCGCAGAUGAUCACGUGAUCGAAGAUCGACUUCUUCGUUUGUGGCCACGAGGUUUUGUGGUGAAAAUUAAGUUUACCGGGUGGAAAAGGCCCCAUAUUUUUGUAUUUAUACAAAAAUGUCCUCCAGCAAUCCCUUGCCACCCAAAGAAAAUGCCUUGUUUAAACGAAUUCUGAGGUGUUACGAACACAAACAGUAUAAAAAUGGGAUAAAGUUUGCAAAGCAAAUUUUAUCAAACCCUAAAUUUAGUGAACAUGGAGAGACCUUGGCAAUGAAAGGUCUCACUCUGAACUGCUUAGGUCGCAAGGAAGAAGCAUACGAUCAUGUCCGGAGAGGUCUUAGGAAUGAUCUGCAGUCUCAUGUUUGUUGGCACGUUUAUGGACUUCUACAACGCUCGGAUAAGAAAUACGAUGAAGCCAUUAAGUGUUAUAGGAAUGCCCUUAAACGGGACAACGAUAACAUACAAAUUCUUAGGGACUUAUCGUUGCUUCAAAUUCAAAUGAGGGAUCUGGAGGGUUAUAAGGAUACAAGAUAUCACUUAUUUAUGUUACGUCCUACACAACGUGCAUCAUGGAUUGGCUUUGCUAUCUCAUAUCAUUUAUUAAAGGACUAUGAAAUGGCACUUAAAAUUUUAGACACUUUUCGAAAUUCCCCAAUGAUUUGUUAUGAUUAUGAACAUAGUGAGUUAUUGUUAUACCAAAACAUGGUUAUCCAGGAAUCAGGGGAAUGUGAGCAAGCAUUGAAACAUCUUGACAAAUAUAGUGAACAAAUUUGUGAUAAAGUUACUGUAAAAGAAACAUAUGGUAAAUUAAGAUUACAAUUAAAACAAUACGAAGAAGCAGUACAGGUUUACAAAGAACUUAUAAAUAUAAACCCUGAAAACACAACUUAUUACGCUAGGCUAGCAGAGGCUGAAAGACAUUCUGAUCCCGAAGAAACAUUAGCUAUGCUCCAAGAUUACGAACUGCUGUUUCCUCGAGCGCUAGCGCCGCGUCGUUUACAAUUAAAUUACGCUUCAGGGGACGAAUUUAAAUCAUUAGUCGAUCGGUACUUACGAAGAGGUCUUCAUAAAGGUGUACCGCCUCUGUUCGUAAAUCUUCGUUCUCUAUAUAUUAAUCAACCGAAGGUUGACACUAUACAGUCUUUAGUUUUGGAAUACAAGGAAGCAUUAAAAGCUCAUGAGCAUUUUAGUGAUCAAGAAAAAGAUAAUCCGCGAGAGCCAGCUUCGGCAUUGUUAUGGACUUAUUAUUAUUUAGCACAACAUUACGACCAUCUUGGACUUACAGAAAAAGCACUGAAUGAAAUUGAUGCUGCCAUAGAACAUACUCCUACACUUAUAGAACUUUUUGUUACCAAAGGACGCAUUUAUAAGCAUGCUGGUAAUGUUCAAGAGGCUUAUAAAUGGUUAGACGAAGCACAAGGAUUAGAUACUGCAGAUCGAUAUAUUAACUCCAAAUGUGCCAAGUACAUGUUGCGCGCAAAUCUCAUCAAAGAGGCGGAAGAAACGUGCGGCAAAUUCACUAGGGAAGGUGUAUUAGCUAUGGAGAAUCUAAACGAAAUGCAGUGCAUGUGGAUUCAGACAGAAGCGGCAAACGCUUACAAACGCCUUGGAAAGUACGGGGAAGCGUUAAAGAAAUGCCACGAGGUCGACAGGCACUUUUCUGAAAUCAUAGAAGAUCAAUUCGACUUUCAUACCUACUGUAUGAGAAAGAUGACCUUGCGGUCUUACGUGGGUCUUCUAAGGUUAGAAGAUGUGCUUCGAGCUCACCCAUUUUAUUUUAAAGCAGCGAAAUGUGCAGUGGAGGUUUAUUUACGACUGCACGAUAAACCAUUACCCGAUCCAACACAGGCGCAAGAAAUCGACACCGAGAACCUGGCGCCAUCGGAGCUGAAGAAGUUGAGAAACAAACAGAGGAAGCAACGCAGAAAGGCUGAAUUAGAACGACAACAAGCUGCCCAAGCACAGGAGAAGAGGGAACAGCACAAUAAGUCGCGGCAACAAACCGAUCCAGAUUUAGAGCAGCCGACGUUAGACGAACUUAUACCGGAGAAAUUGGAGAGGGUCGAGGACCCGCUAGAGCAGGCAAUCAAAUUUUUACAACCGUUGCAAGAACUAGCGUCGAACAGAAUAGAGACGCAUCUGAUGGCAUUUGAAAUCUACAUUCGUAAAGGUCGUACGUUACUGAUGUUAAAGUCGAUAAAACGUGCACACGAUCUAGACCCGAACAAUCCUGACCUGCACAUGUGUCUAGUACGCUUCAUGUUGCACACCAGCCGUUCACCUCUGGAGGGACCCGUGGGCGAAGUAGUGAAACUGCAAACGGUGGGCAUCUACUCGGCACCAACGGCCACCCAGUUGAACGCGGAAUUCCUGAAGAAGAAUCGAAACUCACUGCCUCAUCAGCUUCAGGGUGCAAAGAUGCUUCACGUCCUUGACCCGUCCGCUCAAUCGAAAGCUCUCUCUCUGAUCACUAGCAUCGAUGAUCUCGAAGGUGUAACACUGCAAAAUUGUACAAGGGUGUUGGAAUCGUUGCGUAACGGUGACUUUGGCCAUUGCGACACAACAAUCACCGAAUACAUGGCGAAAUGCCAUAAACGCUUCCCAUACGCGACUGCUUUUCGACCGCCAGAAUCAAGCACCGACCGCAAGCAUCAAGAGAAAGAGAAUUCCAUCAAGAACUGAUCCAGGCACGCGCUGUCCAGCGUCACUGAAUUACUACGUGGACGACGAGGGGGCAAUGGAGGAGGUGAAGAAGGAGAAGGAAGAGGAAAAGGUGGUGGAGGAGGAACUGUGUGUUGAGCUCUGCGUUAAGGAAAAGGGAAAAAAUAUAAUAAUAAAUGAAAACUAACGUCGAAUGCAAAACGAAUGAACGCGAACGAUAACGAUGAACAUAUAUAGUGAAAGAAGUAAGCGAAAUUGGCGGAUUUAAGAUUGAUAAUUAUUAAACAUGUAUUAUACACGAACUGUUCCUGGAAGGGGUUUCAUGUAGUGUGUACAGUGCUGGGACAGUGCUGGAUAAACAAUCUUUAAUAAUAAAUUAUAACAUUAACCGGGCGCGAGAUUUAACGCCCACCGACGUGGUCCCGAAUUUUAGGUGAACGAAGAAAAGGAUGGCUUUAGCUAAAUAUUAAUUAACAAUUGGA